UCCCUUAUCUGUCCAAUAUGGCGUCAGUGUGAGCGCUGACGGCCGCUGGUGUGAAAGCGGCGUCGCUCCGACUGUCACUGAGUGAGGGAUCAAGACCCAGCCCAGUCCAAGCGGCCGCCAACAGCUCUCUCCUCCCCCCGGGUCUUUAGGCAGUAUCUUCUCCGAGGAGCUGACUGUGUGUGAACUCCCCCCAUUUGCCCCGCCCGGUCUCCUCCUCCUUUCACCCCUCCCUCUGGUUGCUGGGGUUUUCUUCCCUUUCUCUGCCCCUCUAUUAUGAACACUUCCCUGCUGAGGGGCUGAAGAGUGCGGUGGGUUGCAAUGGCGGCGGCGUGAAGCGGCAGCGUGCUGUCCGUGUGUUGGCGCCGGCCCUCGGGAGCCAUGGCGGCGGCGGCUGCAGUGGCGGCCGCAGCUGCGGCCGAUUCGGCCCAGUGGCUCUCGGUGAAAGAGGAGACGCUUUUCCUACACGACGGGCUAAUCAGAGUGACCGACCUGGUGGAGCUGCCAACUGAGAUCGGGGUUUCAGCCGAGCCUGGGGAGAACGAACAGGAGAUAUUGACUUUUGAAACCAAAAAUCCUGAAGAGCUAGCAGAACGCUUGCGAGCUGUGUGUGGAAACCAGAGUAAUGCAUAUGCACGGCUACUUGAAUACCGUCUCAAUGCGCUUAGAGGCCUGUGGAAUGCACAACGACAGUUAGCACUUGAAGAGCAGCAUGAGCGUGAAAACUCGAGUGAUGAAGAGACCAUGUCCAUGCUCAAACGGCAGGGCUUGCUGCAACAACCAGAACAGGCACCAUUUACUUCUCGCAUGGGCCUCUUAUUAGUGUUCCCUUUGAUCCAAUCACAAAGUAAAACUGACCCUUCUCUCUGUAAUAUCACUGCUGAGGUGCUCCUGAACUGCCUGAGAGAUUGCCAGCCUCUGAGCCUUACAAAAGAACCUGCUGACUGUCUGAAUGGUCUCGAAGCCCUUCUCUGCUCCUGGUUAGAAGAAUCACCUGCUUUGGGUCAAUCGAUCCCAUGGAAACAGAAAGAAAAUGCUGCAGCUGCAUUGGUAGCUCUUGCCUGUGCAAGAGGCUCUCUGAAAACCCUCAUUCAUACAGUGCACCUAUUACAGAAACAGAUGGACCUGGGAUUUUUACCCGUUACAGACGUUCUGCAUCGACUACUUCUGUUGGAAGGAGGACCAGGCUCUGCAUCUUGCCUGCUUGGCAACAAACAUAUGGUGUCUUGGGGGUUUGAGGAUAUGCUGUCUGCACCAGAGAGCAGCAGUAGUUCCACUGACAAUAAAGAUGCAGAUUUGGGUCGCUGCCUUGCAACGGAUGGAAUGUACCUUUACUCAACUAACUCUGUUGGCAAGGGGAUCAGCAAACUGGGAUCUGGGCUUCAUGGCACUCUACGUGGUUUUGUCUAUUGUCGUAAUGAUGAACUCGAAGCUGGCUGGAUUGCUUUUGGCAGUGGUACUUUACUUCACCGCCCGGCCUCCUUUGACAGCAAACCUCAUUACCUCUUUCAAGUGAUCGAUCAAUAUACCCUGCAGGUGUCCCAGGUUGUGUCCAUGCCACCAAAUCACUUCCCAGUCGGCAGUAACAUGACCACAGUCCAUCUGUGCUCCGAUGGAACUUACAUCUAUUGGAUCUGGUCUCCUGCAGGAUUGAAUGAGAAAACUCCAAAGGGCCAUUCUGUAUUCAUGGAUGUGUUAGAACUUAUGAUGCACAAUGACAGCUGCACAGCACGCCCUCUCCAGGAACGAACCAUCAUAACCAGAAAAGAAGGGGAGUCUGCAAAAAGUAUAAAUGAAAUGCUGCUGAGUCGACUUUCCCGAUAUCGUGGCUCCCCUUCAGCUACGUUGGCUGCUCUUACUGGUUCCACAAUUACGAACACAUUGAAGGAGGACCAUUCUGCUGCAAAUACAAGCUGUGGCUUGCCCUUGAAAACAUUAAGGAAGACGCCGAUGUAUACAUGCGGAACGUAUCUGGUUAUGCUUAGUGCACCACCAGGAGGAUCUGGGAGUUCUGCAACACGCUCUCUGUUUGGUGGCACAAGUGGAUUGUCCUCUUUAAAAGUCCUGUCCUCUAGCCUGGUUUUCAACAUUUCAGACGGCCAAUUUAGCAGCCGAGCAGACUUGAUUGAUGCAGCUGGCAGUUCUCUUGGGCGUGGAGCUCUGGUUCCAGGGCUGGGAGCCUGCUAUGAUGCCAUGAAUAAUAUGAUUUGGACAUGCUCUAGUGACUACAUGGAUCAAUGGUGUAACCCUGGUAACCAGGCCUUUCAUCAUGUCUGUCAAAGACUAGGUGUUAGCCACAUCAUUCCUGAGCCAAAAGAUGAAUCUGUGUCAACUAGUAAUGUAAUUAACCAACUUCUGCAUCAUGUGGGAGCAAUGUGCAUUCAUCAGCUAAAUUUACUGACUGCUAGUGCUAAUCUACCAAUCUCAAACUUCCUGGGAAAGCAACAUCCCAUUGAAGCUCAGCACCUCAGUAGUAUAUGUGACAUUAUGGAGAAGGCCUUGGCAAAUAAGGAUGCCUGCAUUAUUCGCUGUAUUCUCAUUGUUUUUCAGGUAAUAUUCAAAUUUUUCUUCAACCCGCAAACAGAGCGAAAUCGUGAGAUUGUACGUCGAUCUGAACAUCUGCUCUGGCAGCUUUUAAAAACUCCUGUUACUGAAAUUGGUGAAGAGCUUCAGAGGGAAGUGUGUUUGGCUAUUAGCUCAGGACUUCAUACACUGUAUCUUGGAGAGCAAGAACUGAACAAUCUACUGAAAUUAGUGUUAACAGAAGGUCAGAGAAACAGUGGUCUUUGCCAGUUGCGCGAUAUUAUCUUGGUUAAUCUGGCUGAACAGCUACAGAACAAUCGAUUUGGGAGUGAAGACGAUGAUCACUACAGGCUAAAUGAUGAACUACUGCACUAUAUCCUGAAGAUUGUGGUACAGGAUUCCUGCAUUCUCAUCACAAAGUGCCAAACAGUUUCUAAAGAAGAAUUUCUCAGGCUUCUUGCUACAGUGCCAGUUGCAUCACCCUGUCUCCGUUAUUUGAUGGCAGUGCAGAAUCACCUCCUCAGUAACACAGUCCUCAUCAAACCUGACGACCAUGAUGAUAGUGACAGCUCCCUGCAGGGGGAGACAUUGAAGGUACAGGAACUCCAGACCAGUAUCUUAGCACUAGCCACCAAAAUCCUAGGAGGAUGUGAUGAAGUACUUGAAAAACUCCAGCACGUCACCACAUCUGUUAUUAACAGUGAAAUGGCUGACAAAGAGCAUAGGCUGAAAGGUUUGGAACAGAUUACUAAGGCCACGAUGUUGGGUCAUUUGCUGCCAGUACUCCUGACCUCUCUGAUGCACCCAAACUUGCAGACCCUGGUCAUGGCAGAUGCACUCAUGCCACAGCUCGUUCAACUGGUUCUCUACACUAGCCAGACUGCUUUGCUGUUGAAAACACAAGCGCCUGUUUUCACGGACAUUCCUGAUGAGCCUUUCAUUGGAUCUGAACAAAGUCAGAAAGGGAGACUCCCCUCAUUGGAUGACAGUAGGAGCUACCGUAUGCUGGAGGAAAAGGAGGAGCCUGGCUUUCUGACUGGCUUAAAGAUCCCUGCCCCAUGGGCAGCUGGGAAGACCGUAGAAACAGUUCAUCCUGUGAGAGACAACUAUAAAUUCAAAGAAACUGUCCAUAUUCCUGGUGCACGAUGCCUCUAUCUACGAUUUGACACUCGUUGUUCCUCCCAGUAUGACUAUGACAAGUUGGUGAUAUAUGCAGGCCCAAAUACUAACAGCAGGAAAGUGGCAGAAUAUGGUGGAAAUACAUUGGGCUACGGAAGUCGUAGUGUCCUAGGAACUGGUUGGCCUAAGGAUUUGGUGAAGGUUGAAGGGGACACAGUAACAUUUUCUUUUGAGAUGAGGAGUGGUCGAGAGCAUAAUACACCUGAUAAGGCCAUGUGGGGAUUUGCUUGUACUGUUAGAGCCCAGGAGUCUUCAGAGGACGUUUCAGGGGGGCUCCCCUUCCUUGCCGAUCUUGCAUUAGGCCUGUCUGUAUUAGCGUGCUCCAUGCUACGGAUCCUUUAUAAUGGACCUGAGACUACUAAAGAGGAGGAAACUUGUCACCAGCUACUCAGAUCAAAACUGCUGCAGAGAUGCCAGUGGCAGGUUGAAGCUAACGGUGCCUUAUCUCCAGCGUUGACACCAAGUCCCUCACCUCUGCCGCUGACUAUCGAGGAAGACCAGGAGUUCACUUAUCCGUGUGAUGCUCUCGCACCACCACCUCCAUUAACUGGGCACUACUUUGAUCUGCCAAGGAUUCGUCUACCUCCUGGAAUUAUGGGAAAGCUCAGGGAAAUAUCUGGCAGAGCACGGCCUCAAUUCAGACCAAGUAUUAAGGAAGUCAUUCAGCCCGAUGUGAUGGAGGAAAUGGUGGUGUCAUGUGUAAUCAAACAUUUGAAUUUGAUUGAUGCACUGCAGUCUCUGAUUAAUUUCCAGUACCGUGAGGAACACCUGGAAGAGUACGAUCUACUGUGUAAAAUAAUGGGAGAAACAUUCAAAAAACUUAAUGCUAUGGAAAGGCAACUUCAGAGUGUAGCAGAGCUUGAACAAAAGUGGCAGAAUGAAAUGGAAGAUUGUCAGCAAGGGAAACUAGAAAACAAUCUGCCUUUUUUUCAUGACUAUCACUUCAAUGAGAGUAAAAUCAAGGAGUUAGAACUGCUCUGCUCCCUGAAGGAGAUGCCAUUUGACUCUAAUGAUUUGGAAAACAUGGUGCUUUUAUUAAGGGAGAAAUUUGGUCAGGAGGUGAACUCGUUGGUGCCAAAAUCUUCACAUUCUUUAGCAAAAACAAAAAUUUUGGUGAAAAGCUUGAUGAAUCGAGCUGAGCUAUUGCUACAUGUUACCAUAGCGGCACAGGCUGGCCUGACUAGGAGUAUUUCAGGAACCCCAGCAGACACACCAGCUUGUAAAUCAUCAUCCGAAACCAAGGUGAUUUCCCACACUGUUCGCCAACCUGUGUUCCUGCGUAGCAUGUCUGCACCCUCUGACCUGGAAAUGAUUGCAAAUGAAGAUUUAGAAUUCACACGAGCUAGUCAAAGGAGACGCCAUGGGAAUAGCCAUCGGAGCAGUUCCUUCACUCUCCUUCAGUCUCUGACUAUUGAAGAUAGUCGUGACAAGCCAACAUACAGUGUGUUGCUGGGACAGCUGUUUGCUUUCAUUGGGACAAAUCCUGAUCAGGCUGUGUCAAGCAGCAGUUUCCUUUUAGCUGCCCAGACUCGAUGGAGGCGUGGUAACACCAGAAAACAGGCCCUGGUACACAUGCGUGAACUGUUGACAGCAGCAGUCCGAGUUGGUGGUGUAACUCAUUUAGUUGGCCCUGUGACCACUGUUCUCCAAGGUGGACCAAGGAUUGAAGAACUGACAUGUGGCGGGAUGGUGGAGCAAGUUCAGGAGGCAUUUGGUGAGACCAUGACAUCAGUUGUUUCACUUUGUGCCCGAUAUCCAAUUGCCUGUGCCAAUAGCAUUGGCCUUCUUUGUACUAUUCCAUACACAAGGAGUGAGGAGAAAUGCCUUGUGCGUAGUGGCUUGGUGCAGCUCAUGGACAGACUCUGCAGUCUAACAAGCCAGCGAGAAAGUAGCUCCAGCGAGAAACAGACAAGGAAACAGAAGGUAGCUACGAUGGCCUGGGCUGCCUUUCAAGUACUAGCUAAUCGCUGUGUGGAGUGGGAGAAAGAAGAAGGUGUAUCAACAAAUGCAGUCCAUUCUGGCUUAGCUCGUCAAGUGUCAAGCCUAUUGACCAACCAUCUAGCCCGUGCUACUGAAUGCUGUGGGAAUCAAGCAGCAGGGAAUGACGCACUGCAGGACGUACUCAGCCUCCUCAAUGAUCUUUCCAGAAGCCAAAUUGGUAAAGCAAUCCUUAGCCAACCUGCCUGUGUGUCAAAGCUCCUUUCAUUGUUGUUAGACCAGCGACCAUCCCCCAAGCUGGUGCUCAUCAUUCUUCAGCUUUGCCGUGCUGCCUUGCCUCUCAUGAGUGUGGAAGACUGUGGGAAUGUGGAAUUGCCACCAUGGAGUUAUUCUGUACCUUCCCUGGACAAUGAACAGGAUGAUCCUGGUGAUCCUGCUUCAAAUAUUGCAUCACUUCUAUUAGCUAAACUUGCUGAUUACGUUGUACCAGGGUGUCAAACCGUACUCUCUCCCAGCACGUCUGAAGCUGGUUCUUCCUUUACAAAAUCCAGCCCAAAGAACUCAAUAAAAUCAGAGAAAGAUGGUGGAGAGGAAAGCGAAGCCAUAGAUGGUAAACUGUCAAUCUUGAUUCAUAAACGUGAAGAUCAGUCAUCCCAUGAAGUCCUUCAACCAUUACUCAGUAGCUCAGAAGGACGGCCUUUCCGAUUGGGCACUGGUGCCAACAUGGAGAAAGUAGUGAAAAUGGAUAGAGACAUGACUAAAAGUGGGUACUGUGAAGUUAUCACAGAAGAAGCAGUUGCAGCCUUGCGCAAGGCUACCAAAUGGGCACAGUCAGGACUAAUCGUAAGUGUGGGACCACCAGUGGAAGCUACUAGUCAGGAGGCUACCAGUGGGCUGACAACUGGCGACAAGAAGAAAACAGCUCAGACAUCCAUCUGCAGAGAAAAAAAUGCAGAACUUGCCAGGACAGACCCAGUCCGACCGUUCAUCAGCGGCCAUGUGGCAAACAGCAUGGCAGCAGAAGUGAUUGCUCUACUGCACAACUUAUUGAUGGCUCCUGAGUUCAGCACUGCCCAGAUCUGGACCACCACUGCAGAAAAGGUCCUGUCUCGAGCACUGAUGUACAUCCCUCAGCUUGGUAAAUAUGCAGAGAGUGUCCUAGAGAAUGGAAGUAGCAGUGGAAGAAAAUUGGCAAAGCUACAGGCUAUUGGACGGCAGGCGGUGGCAGCACUUUGUGCACUUGGGGGCUUCAAAGAGACCAUUAAAAUAGGAUCUGAAGUACAGGUUUCAGGGAAGGGCAUAUCCGGAAGCAUUGGAGUGGUGACUUCUAUUAAUGAACAAGAAGGUAUUGCCACAGUCCGACUUCCCUUAUCUGAUUUUCGAAAGGCUUCCAAAGCGUCGGACACAGUGACUGUUCCAAUAUCAAGACUGUCUACCCCACGAUGUGAGGCCUUGCCUCUACAUAAGCUGUCCAUCACGGAAAAAGUGGUCCAGGCAGUUCAGUCCAUGUUGCUUCCACAAGAAGGGAGUCUCUCAAUUCUGACCUCACUCCCCGCAAUUGGUGAUGGCUCCACCCCUGUAAUGGCAGUGGUACGACUUGUUGCGGAAAUAAGAACUAGAGCAUGCUUAGUGAUGGCCCAGUUACUGGAGGAUAGUUUGUUCUGUGAGGAGUUCAUUCAGCAGUGUCCAGCAGCUGUGGAGGUUCUGAACCUUGUGGCACAGGAGUGCAGUCCAGGUGAACGGUUGGUGGUGGUAGAGGCUCAAUGUGAAAGACUGAGAAUGUUAUACCGGGACUGUGCUCGUCCCCCACCACCCCCACUGCAGUCUGACAGGAGACAGCCAAAAGAAAUUACCUGGUGUCCUUCUCGUGUCUUCCCUCCGGUGCGUGCGUGCAUGUUUUCCUCCUAUCUUACUGCUGUGACGUUCUUAGCUGAUCCAAGUGCAGGAGGGGGCUUGCCUCGUGGGACAUUCAUCUAUGCCACAUCUCAGAUACCUGUACAGGCACCAUCAUUUUAUUGGGAAUUAGAGAUUGUUUCCUAUGGAGACACAGAUGAUGACAGUGGCCCAAUCGUGUCAUUUGGAUUUGCUACAGAGGCUGAAAAAAGGGAUGGAGCUUGGACAAAUCCUGUUGGAACGUGUCUCUUUCAUAAUAAUGGGAGAGCUGUACAUUAUAAUGGAUCCAGUCUGCUGCAGUGGAAGAGUGUUCGAUUAGAUGUCACCCUAUCACCUGGUGAUGUGGCAGGAAUUGGUUGGGAGAGAAGUGAUGGAACGCCACCACCGCCAGGACAACCAUCAAAAGGCAGAGUAUAUUUCACAUAUUGUGGGCAGCGGCUAAACCCAUUUCUAGAAGAUGUGUCUGGUGGAAUGUGGCCAGUUGUUCACAUUCAGAAAAAGAAUACUAAAGUCCGUGCAAACUUUGGAUGUCGUCCUUUUGCUUAUGCAGAAGGCCAGGCACACAGGAAUGCGGCUGAUCUCUGCAUUGAUCUAGCGGAGGAAAUCAGUGCCAAUUUUGAGGCUUUACCAUUUGCCAUGGCCUCUGACAGUGACAAUGAUGCUGGUGCUAGUGUGGCUUCUGAUACUGCAUCCCAUGGUCCUCCCUGUCGAAUUGCAGCUACUGCUGCAGCACAACAGCAAUAUGACAGUGAUGCCUCUUGCCAUUACAAAGUAGAAUUGAGCUACGAAAACCUUUUGAUAUCUGGUCCGUACUGUCAUCCGUCACCAGUAGCCGAUGAUGAAAGUGAUGACGAUGACGAUGAUGAUGUUCCAAGAGAGGAUCACUAUGCACUUUUAGUCAAAGCCUGGGAAACUAAAGUUUUCCCUACGAUUCGCAGACGAUUUCGGAAUGAAGCGGAAAGAAAAUCUGGAUUAGAUCAGAUAAAGGGUGCACUGCAACUUGGUAUGGUAGAUAUUGCUCGUCAGACGGUCGAGUUUCUAUAUGAAGAGAAUGGUGGCAUACCGAGAGAUCUCUACCUCCCAACCAUUGAAGACAUUAAAGAUGAAGCUAAUAAAUUCACAACUGAUAAAGUUCGAAAAGGCCUAACUGUGGUGAUCCGGUACCCAGACAGUAAUAAUCUCAACAGCAGCACUGGUGGCACUGCUUUACCGAAGUUUGCCAUCCGGGGAAUGAUGAAAACCUUUGGCUUGAAUGGAGUUGUUCUUGAUGUUGACACGGUCAAUGAAUUAGUUCAGGUGGAGACAUACUUACGAAGCGAAGGUGUGCUGGUUCGUUAUUGGUAUCCAAUUGAUAUGCUGGAGCGCCCUCCUGCAGGAUACAGGCGCACAGCUGCUUAUGGACUAGUUACUCUGGACAACACAAACAUCCAGAUACACAGAGAGUUACUUCGCUGUGAAGCUUCUUUGGCUAGACUGUAUUGCCGUAUGGCGUUGCUGAACAUCUUUGCUCCAAAGUCACCCCACACUUUCACCCGGUUGUUCCAUAUACCUGCGGUACGUGACAUCACUUUGGAGCAUCUGCAGCUACUAUCCAAUCAACUUCUGGCCCCACCGCUCUCAGAUGGAACGAUCAGCUCCAAUUCAAUUCUUUUGGCGCAGUCCCUCCAACAUUGUAAUCAGGGCCAAAACUGCUCUCCUACUGAUCUCUUCUACCAGGGCAACUCCAAUUCCAUCAGGGAAUGGCUUACAGUUGCUAUCACACGAGCCUUACACCAGGGUGAAGAAAGUUUGCUGGAUUUAACAAAACAGAUCUGCUCUUUCUUACAGCAUUCACCAGAACAGUUCCCAUCUGAAGAGUUCCCAGUGACAGAGUCAAAAGUGAGCAUGGAUGUGCAUUUUCCAGGGGCUGCCUUUGUAAUGGUAUCAUGCAAAGAAAGUCCAGCAGGUUUUCGGAAAGAUUCCUCUCUGUAUAAGGCUCCUUGGGUUAGAGUGUUGGUGUAUGGACUGGGUCACAAAGUGCGAAGGAAUGGACAACUUAACCUGACAGAAACCGUCUGUUACCCAAAAGAUGCGUCACCUACCAACACUGGAUUGACUCCACCUCCCACCACAAACCAGUAUCCUUCUGUUGUCAUCCCUACUGACAAACUACAUGUCAAACUAGGUGUCUCCCCGCCACCUGGUGCGGUGCUGGUGUUAAAUUCAUUGCCUCUGGAAUUUCCCCUCGCUCUAGCGUUUGCUGAGCAGUUGUUAACAUGGAAACUUGGUGAAAAUGAUGGGAAAUCAGAGGAUGAACUCGAUGAUAUUCCUGCAUCCGUUCUCCUGCAGGUUGUUGAACUGUUUGCCAACCUCCUGUGGACAACAGACCUGUCCCCCAGCAUAAAGGAAAUGAUAUUCCACCUAUUAGCUGAACUGCUACGUAAAAUCCAUCAGCUAGAACAGAAAAAGAAUCCAGCUGGCCUAUCUUCAUCCAUUGCAAUCCAGUUAAACCCGUGUCUGGCUGUUCUAAUGGCAAUACAAACUGAGUUGCGGAAACUGUAUGAUGAAGAAACACAAAACUGGAUAACUGGGAACAGCUCUGGUAUUGGAAUUGGAGUGACUGACCAGGGUCGCUUCUCCACUUAUUUCCAUGCGUUGAUGGAGAUUUGUCUUGCUGUUGCAGAAGUAACACUACCAAUCAAUAUGAGCACAGUGGUUAAUGUGAUGACUUCCACAAGUGCACCAAGUCUCAGCGAUUCUUCUUCUUCCUCUUCCUCCUCACCUGGGCAGACACCACAGAGCCCCAGCUUGCUUUCCAAGCGCAAAAAGGUGAAAAUGAAGCGGGAGAAAACAUCAGCGACAGUAAAACGGCUCACCUCAAGAGGCAGUGAGAGUGACACAUCUAUCCUGAAUAUUGGUGGCAGUAAGCCGGAGGACAUGCUGUGGUUCCAUCGGGCCUUGACGUUACUUAUGAUCCUUCGUCAUCUGACCAACAAGGACCCACAAGGUCUGGGAGUGACAAAUGAUGCUAUCUCGGAUGCCUGCCAGGCUUUAGUAGGCUCCACCUGCCACAGCAGAUUACUGGUGAUUUCAGGAAUACCAACUCAUCUUGAGGAAUGUGUUGUCCGAACUGCCAUUCGUAGGGCUUGCAGUGCACAUGGUGGCAUUUUCAAAGAUGAAAUUUACAUACCACUACAAGAUGAUGACCCUAAAAAACUGAAAGUGAAAGCUGAUAGCAAAUUGGAACUGGAUAAGUCAACAAGAGUCAACAGCAUGGACAGUAUGGAUGUUAGCAGUGGCAGCAGUGUCACACCAGCUAUGAGUAUGAGUGCUUCUGCCUCUACCAGUCAGACCUCAAUUUGUAGCUCUCAGUGCGUUUCUCGGACAACAAGUGAUCUUUCAGUAGACCAGUUUCAAGCAAGUCAUGACAUUGCUACACCACAAGGAAUAGUUGAUCCACACACUGUAUCUAGUCAGGAGAGCUUGGACCUAUCCCUGUGCAGCACUGGGAGCUUGGGCAGUCUUGGUAGUCUAGGAGAACCCAUGGACAGUGCAGACUCUGCUUCUAUUUCUGAUGUAGGAUCUAUGUACACAGUCACAUCACUGGACAAUAACCCGCUUGUGACACGACCCAUCAAAGGUUAUGCCAUUGUUGAGGUAAGAGCCAGGGCAAAAAUUGAAAAGAUCCGUGCCAGUCUGUUCAAUAGCAGCGAUUUGAUUGGCUUGUCCAGUCUGGAUGGGGAAGAUGAAUUAAUGGAGAUGUCAACAGAGGAGAUUUUGACAGUGUCAUCUGUAAACCAGAGCUUGUUUGACACCCAGGGGAGCUCAGCGUUGGAAGAUUAUUUCACUGAUAAGCUAAUAAAAGGUGAUAAGGUGGUUCCUGGAGCACGAGAUGUUCUUGCAGAGAUAUUCCGAAGCUGUAUACACUCUGAACAGAUGCUAAGUCUGGCUCCAGCCAAACCUAUCAAAGUUUCUGACAUUUUCCUCAGUAAAGAGCAAAUCAACUCCCAGACACCAGGAAAUUUGUUGCAAAUUUUUUUCACCAAUGUUCGACCACCAAAGAAGGUUCUAGAGGAUCAACUCACGCAGAUACUACGGAAGUAUGGCAUACCUAAACCAAAAUUCGACAAGAGCAAGUACAGUAAAGGAGGAAAAGAGCAACACCCUGGAAAAGUAGUUAGCACAAAAAGACCGAUUGCCAAACCUCCAGGCAAAGACAGGUCCGUGCUGAACAGCGUCAGAACCGCACUGAGUGAAAAGAAACCAAUUGUGAAAGCCAAAUCUCCUGAAAAGAAUACCAAACCUGAGGACAAAGACCCAGAAAAGUCACCAGCAAAGAAACCAGAAGUACCAGAAGAGAAGUAUUUAACAUUGGAUGGUUUCCAGAAAUUUGUUGUUGAUCGGUCAAAGCAGGACAUUCGGAGUGUUUGGAGGGCAAUUCUUUCCUGCGGUUAUGACCUUCAUUUUGAAAGGUGUGCCUGCAUUGACACCAGACACGCCCAAAGAUCUUGCAAAAAAUGGACUCUAGAGAUGGAUGUUGCACUUGUGCAAUAUGUCAACCGUCUCUGCCGUCACCUUGCCAUCACCCCAGGCAGACUCCACCCUCAUGAAGUUUACCUUGAUCCUGCGGAUUUACCAGACCCAAGGAUUGCCUGUUUAUUGAAUGUUCCAAUUGAAAGCCUUCGACUUCGUUUUGCUCUACUUCAGUCUCUGAACAACACCUUGGAGACAUUCUUCCUGCCUCUGGUGGAACUCAGACAGACUCACACUUACAUGGAUAGCAUUGCAUCACUGUUACGAGAGGCUAAAGGAUUAAUUUUUUAUGAUACGAAAUUAGCUGUGAUGAACCGAGUUUUGAAUGCAACUGUACAGCGAACUGCAGACCAUGCUGCACCUGAAAUAACACUGGAUCCUUUGGAAAUAGUGGGAGGUGAGAUACGUUCAUCAGAAAACACCUACUUCUGCCAGGCAGCUCGUCAACUGGCAUUAGUGCCUUCCUCCCAACUCUGUGUAAAAUUGGCAAGUGGCGGAGACCCAACCUAUGCAUUUAAUAUUCGCUUCACUGGUGAAGAAGUGCAUGGAACAAGUGGAUCAUUCCGACACUUCCUGUGGCAAGUUUGUAAAGAGUUACAGAGCUCAGCACUUUCACUUCUUAUACCUUGCCCAAGUUCUGCAGCCAACAGAAACAAGGGCAAGUACAUCCUGACUCCUGGCCCAAUAACAUAUACUGAGGAGCAACUGCUACACUUCUUUGGCCAAUUACUCGGAACUGCUAUCCGAGCAGACGUCCCACUCCCUCUUGAUCUCCUCCCAACAUUUUGGAAGACUCUAGUUGGCGAACCACUGGAUCCAGAGUAUGAUCUGCAAGAGGUUGACAUCUUGACCUACAAUUACAUCAAGAAGUUUGAGACUGUUAAUAAUGAGCCAGAACUUGAGGCACUGUGUGCUGAAGUAACAUCACAUCACCUAACCACAGAGAGCCCUGAAUCUCCCAACAAGCCCUGUUGUAAGUUCAGUUACAUCACCAUGACAGGCGAGGAAGUGGAGCUAUGUCCUGGGGGCAAGAAUAUCACUGUUAUGUGGGAUAAUAAAGAUGCGUAUGCUUCAGCAAUCCGCAACCUGAGGCUACAAGAGAUUGAGAACACUGACUGCAUGACUGCAGUGCGUGCAGGGCUUGGCUCUAUUAUUCCCUUGCAGCUUUUGACAUUACCAACACCACUUGAAAUGGAGUUGAGGACAUGUGGUCUGCCCUACAUAAACUUGGAGUUUCUAAAGGCUCACACCAUGUACCAGGUGGGACUGAUGGAAACUGAUCAGCAUAUUGAAUUCUUCUGGGCAGCGUUAGAGAUGUUUACUCAAGAGGAACUAUGUAAAUUCAUCAAGUUUGCCUGUAACCAGGAACGAAUACCAUUUACUUGUCCCUGCAAAGAUGGGGGCCCUGAUACGGCCCAUGUUCCACCAUAUCCUAUGAAGAUUGCUCCUCCUGAUGGAGCUGCAGGUUCACCAGAUUCUCGAUACAUUAGAGUAGAAACCUGUAUGUUUAUGAUCAAACUUCCUCAGUAUUCCUCACUUGAUAUCAUGCUGGAAAAGCUGCGCUAUGCUAUCCAUUACCGUGAAGACCCUCUCAGCGGCUGAGCAGGAGACAACUGGCAUUCCCAGAUCCUUUUGCAACAAAUGGUGAUGCCUGAGGACCUCCUUGACCCUACUUGUAAGAAAAGGAAUUGAGGUGGAAGCCAGAUGGAAAUCCACGCUGCAGUCAGGAGCAUUUCCUCCUGAACCUGUCACAAGCAGAAUGCUUCCACAUCGAUGCAAACUGUCUUUUUGUAAAUUUCCAUUUCUAUUGAUGGACUGAGAAUGAUGUGUUGCUGUCUUGUCAAACAGCUAUUCCAAGAGUGUACGGUGCUUUUACCACUACAGCGGUGUAUGUUACUGUACCUUUAAAACACAAAUGCUUGUGGUCAAACAGGAUAAUAGUUUAUUGUAGGAUCUAACUGUUUUUAUACUCUGUGGUCUCAACUUUGGAGCAGCAUUUUAACUUUCAUGUUCUCAUGAAAGAAAAUUUAUUUUUUCCUUGUGCACAGGCACACACAUGGGAACACCUACCCAAAAUUAGACAUCUCUUCCAGAUCAGCUUUGGCUUCUAAAAUGUCUAGUGACCAUAUCUGCGCACAAGUGUGCUACAGAAUUUAAAUGCUCCGAAGUUAGUGUUGUGAUCGUCGGUGUACAGAAAGGCAUACCUCCACCUAACCGGCAAUUAAUCUUCUAGUUGUAGGUGGAUUUAAAUGAAUCAUGUGACCCAGUCUAUUUCCCUUUGCUCCUUCACAAAAAGACAAGGUUGAGUGUACUACUUGAAUAUUGGAUCAGCAUAUCAACAGAUGCCUGCUUUGCCAUGAAAAUACUCAGCUGUCCUUUUAAUUUUUUAGGAUUUUGUCAUGCUGACAGGAAGUUUAUGUCUGCAAAUAUUUUCUUGUAAAGUUCUAUGCCACUGGUCUGUCGGUGCUUAUGAAGUAGCCUUCGUGCUUUGGGUAACAUAAUUUAUUAGAUAUCUCAUUUCCUUCUGACAAAACCCAAGAGCUUGGUAUUAAGAGGGGGAUACAGUUAUCUGUAAAGCUGUUUUGUGUCAGAGGUCAGUUUCUGAUCAUUGCAGGUUCAUUUUCCCUUGUGGAACACACUUCCCAACUCAGUGCGUGGACAAGUAGCUGAAAUUGAGUGUAGUAGAGUUAUUUCUGAACUCCAUUGUAUUUCUCUCUCGUCCCAACAUGAAAUGUCUGGCCACUGCCUGGGUAAGAAUGUCAUGUCACAGAACUGUAACCCUAAACCACUGCAUCAGAAAGUCUCGUCCCCUCAACUCAUUUUAAAUUUUCUGUAUUAAAGUUGAAAUGCAGCCGCAUAAAUCCUAAUUAAAUAAAAGUAUCUUACUAUAGAUUGAUCUAAGGUUUACAGUACAAAUAGCCUGCAUUACAUUGGUGGGGCAAGAAAUCAGCACAGCCCAAUGCACAAAUUUCCAUCCAUACUUUUUAUUUUUUGUUUACUUUACAGUCAUUUCAGAAUAUUCUUAUGCUACUUAACAACACAAAAGCAACAAAGCACCUAGCACAUUCUUCAGCAAAUUGGCUAACCAUAUUGUAAAAUGCUACCUUUGAUACAAAAUGUUACAGAAGAAUACUGUUCAGACAUACUGGCCAGGCAUCAUGAUUUGCCACCCACGUUUUAUCCAAGCCAUUUUAUGUUCAGUUGAGAGAGAAAGUAAAACAAUAUCAAUAUGCAGUCAAACUGAACAAAACUCCAACAUUAAAGAAUAUUUAAACAGUGCACAACAGAAGUGACAUAACUUCUAUCUAAUCUGAAAUGAGGGAGAGGUCUGUAUUGUAAAUGUAUGUUGAAGAUACAGCUGUUGAGAUCACAGGCUGUGGUUCCAGAUUACUUUAAAUAAGAAUGUUUCCAUGUUCAAACGGGAUAUGGACAUGACUAUGUCACAUUGGUCAACUGUUUGUGUUGAGUUUUUCCAUGUACACUAAAAUUCCUAAACUUCAAUUUGACAGAGUAUAGUGAAUGUACCACAUUUAUGCACAGCUGUAUUUGCUAACUGCAUAGUUUUCAGAUAACACAGAUUUCUACAAAUUAUCAUUCCCUUUUUUCCCUUGUCUGUCUCAUCCCCUACAACAUGUAGUUUUAUUUUGCAUUAAUAGAGGCCAUAGAAUGUUUGAGUUUGCAAAAGGUAGCCAUGAAGAGUUGUAUGAAGGUAAACUUGAAAAUAAGCUGACAUAACACAACCUUUGACUUCUAGAAGUCUUCUCUGUUAUGUUUAUCUGACACUGCUAUUUCAUGCAUACCCUCAAGUCUCACUGAAAUUUGAAAUUGGUACUGGAUAAUGAUCUCUUUCAAAAGUAGCUAUUCCUUCAUUACACAUUUUCAUGGAAAGAAAACGAGCUGUGAAAUGUGUAUAGUUUGGCAAGCAAAGAAAAAUGGAAGAUUUUAUGUUUUAGUACAAUAUCCAUUAACUUGCUAUAAUUUAUCAAGAUUGCCUAUAACAGUGGAAGUAAAUACCCAAAACAGUAGCUUUUAAAACUGUCCUGAGAUUAAUCAGGACCAAUUUUAACGAAUUGAGUUGAGGUUACAGAACUGCUUGGGUUCAUCAUUCUAUCAUUGGUAGAACCAAGUUAAUAUUGGCCUAAGCACAAGACAAGUCAGGCAAGCAGUGUAAGGAUAUCUUUAGUACAAACCUGUGAAUCUUGGAUUUAUCCCAACCCUUUGCAAUACAGAAGAUUUAAUGGUCCGAAAGCUUAUGGCAGGAGGCUUAAAGAAACAUAUCCUCCAACUACAUAAUGUGUAAUAUAAACUAUCCAAGGGUGCAGAGUGUAUUUUGUUUUCUUUUGCUGUUCAAUGGUAAGAUAGCCUGUAAGUAUAUAAGUGAAGGGCCUGCUUAAUAACUGAGUGAAUGAAGGUUUUGUGUAAUUAGUUAUUGGCAAACAAAGAGCACAUUGACCUGCUGCCAGUAUUGAUGCUGGGAGUUUUUUUUUUGUUGAGUGAUUCACAAUUUUGUUAUCAAAUUAUAUACACUGGUUGUUUGUAUAAUCUUAGACACACAGUUAAGAAGAAUUCUGGAAUUAGACUUACUGUGCAAUUGUCAAACUGUGAAGAGGUAUGUUUCAGCUAGCUUAGUUGCUUUGGCGGAUGAACCUUAAAAAAAAAGCCAAGGUUCAACAGAUUGCAAAAAUAUUUAGAUCCAUGACAGCAAUAUACAGGAACAAGUUGGCCAUGUUUUAACUUCUUUUUUAAGAUAGCACUAUAAUUUUGGUUGUUGUCCCACAUUAUUGGCAAGUUAAUUUUGACUACCAGAUCUAAAGCAAAGGGUAUUGAACUGAUUUUUAAGUCAUGUGACCACCUUAGAUUUCAGAGUACAAAAACCAACACCACAUCUGGUUAUUUUUAUAUACAAACAAACCUAUCACUAUUAUUGCUUGAACAAUCCCAUAGUCUGUCCUCCCACCCAAAAAGGCUGACACCAGUGUGGAUUGGGCUCUUUGUCCCUACCUUGUUAAAGUAAUGUGGUCCUGGCUGUGGUAAUGUUAAUCUGCUGCUACAACUGCUCCAUUUUAGUGAGAGCAACCAGAAACUUAAAAUUACAAGGACAUAUCAACAUACAGGUGUUAAUGUGCUCUGUACAGUUAUUGAUGUAUAUUUAUUGCAAUUAUUUAUGAAUGCAUCUAAAAAUCAUCUGUAUUGUUGAUCUAGUCUGCAUUGGUACCUAAAGCAGUGAUGUAUGAAUGGGAAUUACAUUCAUAUUAAAAAGUUCGAACAGA